GUUUUCGAUAGCCUGAACAUUCUCGAACAAAUUGACGACCAACUUUUCCUUCUUAAGCAACCCCGCACUUCGAAUCUUCCAACUUCACAACGCAGAUUCUAAACCAUUUAUAGAGUCGCAAGGUCGCAUUCUCAUUAUGCCCCGCGUCUUGCUAUUCUGCACUGCUGAGGAAGCCAAGCCCUUCGUUCGUAGGGUCUUGGGGAAUCAAACCCCAGAGGACAAGAUCUUCUAUCUCGUUGAAUCGCGCGCCGGCCCGAGUGAUGGCCAGGGAUUCAAGACGGAGCUAAAUGAUGAUGAGACCUUUGAGACCGAUUUCAUUGGCGCCUCCGAGCAGGACUGUCAGCAAUGGGCGGUAGAGAAGCAAAGCCAGCACAACAUCAUCGAACAAGAUAUCAUCGCUAUUGCGGAUGUGCGCAGCGUCACUGAUAGCACCCUCUUGAUGCAACACUAUGUCCACAAAGAAGCUGACGGAGAGGAGCCCCUCCAAUUCGGUAGAUACGGUGUUCUUCCACGGGAGCGUGACACCUGGCACGACUUUAGAAUCGAUCCCAGUGGAGCCGACAAUGUCCUUGCCGCCUUGGAAUAUGUUACAUUUGAGGUCUCCUACCCAGUCUACUUUGGACACAAAGAGGAGCUUACGGAUGAGCAUGGCGUUUUCGAUGUCGCUAGGGCUCAGCGUCUUAUGGAGGAUGAAGAUCCUAGUAUUUUUGAGUUUUGAUAGAAGAUAAAACUUCUGGGAAUCGAAUCCUGGGACAAUUUGAUGACUUCUUCGAAUAUCGGAUAACAUUGAUUUUCAUGUAUUUAUCGAAAGAAAGGCCUAAAGGAACUUCUUUUUAGUACGCAAAGCAAGAAAUUAUAUCGAGUGGACACAAACCCCGCACUGAUGACCCCAAG